CGUAGAACGCUGGCUUCACAUCGUUGCUGAGUGCGGAUCCAAACAGACAUAGAGCUACUGCUGCAUAUCUACAAACUCACCCCAAAUCACACUUAAGAGUUAGAGUAAAAUUCUGAGGACAUAUACAGACCUGUUUCUGUUGUGAUUUUAAAUAUUUAAAGCGCUGUUUUGUCUGUAUCUUUAUAAAAACAGGGGUGAGCUUGCUAACAGCUGAUUGCUAGCUGGAGUUGUUGAUACACAACGACCUGAAACAGCAUCAUCAACUUCUCCACUCGCUGCGGGUCACUCAACGGGUCCACAGCUUUUUUUAUUGGACCAUGAUAACUCAACAAUCGCUGUUAAGAUCCAAAUAGGUCCUGGAAACCUCCUGACUGAGUGAAGAUUGUGUGUUGGUGUUGAUGUCCUGGAGAAGAGGACCGGGAGGGGAGGAGUGAGUUUAUUAUCUUUCUUGGGUGGAUAUCUCACUGCCCUGGACAUGAUGGGCCCAUGGCGAAAGGUCACCAGGACUCAGAGUUUGGGGGGAGGAACAUUCAGCUCACUCGGACAUGAGGAACCCAAAGAUUAUAUCAAUGAGCUCUCACAUGAGGUGCUCUGCCACAUAUUCCGGUACUUGCCCAUGCAGGACAUAAUGUGUAUGGAGUGUCUGUCACGGAAACUGCGUGAGGCGGUGACUCUGUAUUUGCGAGUGGUGAAGGUGGUGGACCUUUGUGCCAGCCGGUGGUGGGAGUACAUGCCCUCAGGUUUCACAGACUCUAGUUUCCUCAUGCUGAUGAAGAAGAUGCCUGAUUUGGAGCAGCUGUAUGGUCUUCAUCCACGUUACCUAGAGAGAAGGAGGGUCAGAGGUUAUGAGGCUUACAGUAUUCCUGGUGUUUUGGAGGCUCUACAGGCCUGCCCCAACCUUAUUGGUGUGGAGACAUCACAUCUGGAGCUGGUAGAGGCGAUAUGGAACUACAUGCCUCAGGUCCAUAUUCUGGGCAAGUUCAGAAACCGAAACGGGGCUUUUCCUAUCCCAUCAGAGAACAAACUCACCAUUCCUGUUGCAGCUAAAAUCCAGACUCUGCAUCUUGUCGGUGUAAACGUGCCGGAGAUCCCCUGUCUCUCCAUGCUUCGGCAUCUGUACCUGAAAUGGGUGCGCCUUACUAAGCCUCAGCCUUUCAAAGAUUUUCUCUGUGUGAACUUGCGUACUUUCGUCAUGAGGAACUGCGCCGGUCCCACCAAUUCUUUGAAGUAUGUGCCUCUCAUCACUGGUCUGGCCUCUGCCCGCAACCUAGAGCAGCUGGAGCUGGUGCGGGUGCCCUUCUUAGGGGGGCUGAUUCAGCAUGUGGUGGAGGACAGCUGGAGGUCAGGGGGGUUUCGUAAUUUGCACACAAUUGUAUUUGGAGCCUGUAAGAAUGCACUUGAAGUCGACCUGGGCUACCUCAUCAUUACUGCUGCUCGCAGGUUGCAUGAAGUUCGAAUCCAGCCUUCCUUAACCAAAGAUGGGGUGUUUUCCGCAUUGAAGAUGGCUGAACUGGAGUUCCCCCAGUUUGAGACUUUGCACCUUGGAUAUGUUGAUGAGUUCUUAUUGCAAUGUAAAAUGAGCCAUGCCGAGUUAGUGAAAUAUGGCCUUGCUGAUGUGAUUGAGAAUCCAGGAAUCAUCACAGACAUUGGAAUGAAGGCUGUUAAUGAGGUGUUUACCUCAAUCAAGUAUCUGGUUAUUUAUAACUGUCCACAUCUUCACAACCCACACAACUGGAUCACAGAUCACUCACGCUGGACUCGGUUGGUGGACCUCACUCUGGUGCGCUGUCAUGCUAUCAAGCUGGAGUCUUUCAGUCAGUUCAUCGAGAUGCUUCCCAGCCUGGAAUUCAUUUCACUGGACCAGAUGUUUCGUGAGCCUCCUAAGGGGUGCGCACGUGUGGGACUCAGUGCAGGCACAGGUAUCGGUGUAUCGUCUGCCCUGGUCAGCAAUCAGAAUUCCAACAAUGAUAAUGACAACAAUAACAACAACAAUCACCAGAACAAUAAUGAUGCAAACAUUCCACCAAAUAAUAACGGCAAUCAGGCAGAAGAAGUUCCUCAACAACAUCAACGAGGUGCAGACGGGAUUCCUGAUGUGGAGGGCAUGGUGGCAGAAAACCUGGAGCCUGAGCCUGUUCUUGUGGCUCCCAGUCCAGCAGAAGACACCCAAGGUUCCAGACAGACUACUAAUCCUUCACAUAAACAGGAUGAGGAACAAGCAGGGCCUAGUGGAGUUCAGACUGCAGUGAAGAAGCAGUCAGUGGCUGUGUCAGACUCAGACAGUGAGGACGAGUACAGUCCAGUCAGGACAAAGGGAGCCACAUGCUCUCAAGGCCAGUACACUGAGACAGAAGCCCAGAAGAAGAGCAGCACAUCUGUCACUCCAAAUGGUAAAGGGAAAACGCCGCUCCGUAAACGUGGGCCACAGCCUCGGGAGCCCAGCUGUGAGAAAGGCUGUCAGGUAACCAGUGAGCAGAUCAAGGCCGAUAUGAAGGCAGCUGUUGAGACAGCUGAGCACGGGGUCAGAGAUGGAAACAGUGGGACUGGACCUGCUUCGGGUUGUUCUACCGGCAGCUGCGUUUGCUCCAUCCGCUGGAGGGAGGACUCGGCCAAUCAGGAGGACCAGGUUGGGAGAGGGGAGGAGGAUAUGGUGAGGACACGCUGCACGUGCAAUAGUGCUCGUUCUGGCUCUGAAAACAGGACUCGCAGUGGCCACGGCCAGCCAGCAGGGGGUGACAACGGCAGGCCAGAACAUCAUAGUCUGGAGCAUAGAGCAGUGGGAGAUGAGAUGGAGGACAGGCACUCCAACACUCCAUCCAGAACUCAGAGCUUAUCUGAGGGGCAUGAUGAGGGGUCUGCAAGCCACCAGCAAGGCUUGAGACCAGAUUCCUCACACAGAAACACAACAGAUGGGUUCCCCAGGAGACCAGUCACCCGUGCCCGCAGCAGACUUUCCUCUGUCCCCCUGGUGGAGUCAGAGCUGCCCAAAGCAAAGCCACGGGCUGCAGUUAAGAGAAAACGUAUGGCAGACAAGUCUACCAGCACCAGUGACCCUGUGACUGAAGACGACCAUGUGCAGGUUCUCGCCCUUAAAUCUAAAAACCUGGUUGGGAUCACACUUUCAAACUGUGGCAUCACAGACCUAGUCCUUAAGGAGUGCCCCAAAAUGAUGUUUGUCCAUGCCACGCGCUGUAGGGUGCUGAAACACCUGGUAGUGGAAGGUGCGCCUAUAGUGAAUCGCUUUGACUAUGCGCAAUGUAAAAAGCUGGACAUGGAGCAGGUGCUGGAUCAGAUCUUACGAAUGCCCCCGGAGAGAAACCGCAUCAUUUACAUGAGGCCCAUGCAGCAGAUUGACUCUCUGGCUCUGGAGAAAAAGCUCUUCAGCGGUCCAUACCCAUACCAUAUUGCUAUUAUUCAUGAGUUCAGCAACCCGCCCAAUGUCAGGAACAAAGUGCGUGUGCGUAGCUGGAUGGACACCAUUGCCAACAUUAGCCAAGAACUCAUCAAGUAUGAAUUCUUUCCGGAGGCCACACGGACGGAAGAGGAUGUUAAGAAGUAUCCCAACUAUCCCUGGGGCAGAGACAUAUACACAUUAGAGGGAGUAGUGGAUGGAGCACCAUACUCUAUGAUCACAGAUUUCCCAUGGCUUCGCUCUUUACGAACAGCAGAGCCCAACAGUUACGCUCGAUAUGACUUCGAGGAUGAUGAAAGCACUACUAUUUACGCGCCACGGCGUAAAGGACAGCUCUCGGCCGACAUCUGCAUGGAGACGAUCGGUGAGGAGAUCUCAGAGCGUCGACAGACACAUAGGGGUGUUUUCCAGCGUGUAGUGGUCAUCUUCAUUCACUACUGUGACGUUCGUGGAGAACCAGUGGAUGACGACUACAUCUAGAACAGACACUGCUCAGCCAGAGGCACUACAGAUGCUGAAGGGCUCCAGUUCAGCCCUCUGCCAGGCUCUGAUCACCCCUGCUGCCUUCUGUAUGAGAACAGAGAGGCAUCUUACACACAGCCUCAGUGUGGAAUACCAAGGCAUUUACAGUUGCCUUUAAAUCUGAGUUGACUUGAAACUGAUAGUGAUCGCUUUGAAUCAGACAUUGUCAGCCAUGACUUUUAUGUGUGGAGUCGAUGGACUGAUGAACUGUUGCAUAGAUUUGUCAUCAGGCUGCUUUUCUUGUGUAUCUCUUUUUGACAUAAAAGAAGGAAUGGCAGCCUGGCAUGGACAUGCAGCACACUUACAGUAAAGAGGGGGUGAUGGUGUCAUCAUCCGUUUAAUUUUGUAACAGUUGUGUAUGUGGGAAAAGACAUGUAAAGCCAUGACAGGUGGCAAGUGAAAUCACUUGUUUGGGCUUCGGUGGAGACAGAAAGAAAGCCCAUGGUAGAUGUCUUUUCUUUUUUUUCUUUUUUUUCAACCCAGGCACGGUUUUUGUCAUUUGGCAUAAUUCCUUGGUUGGGAUCCAUCCCUCUAUUGGCAACAUCAUAGUUCUAGAGUUCUGUUUUUUGCACCUCGUACCUUGAGAGAAUGUUUUAUUUAUUUUGUUUUAUUUGUUUUAAAUAAGUUCAUAUAUUCUUGUUUUUCUCUCACUGUUCCCCCAGAGGUUGGUAAUUGGUUUGGGUCAUUUGAUUGACUCGUUUGUGUCUGUCACUAAUAACAGAAGAAUAUGUGUCACAACCUGUUGAAAGAGAUUAAUUGUUUCUUGGCCUAUGAGAGAAACAUGGCAGAAUUGGUGAAUAAAUAUACCUCAUUUUCCACCUAGUGGUCUUGAUAGACCUAAAAAAUAAAAAAAAAGAUGUGAGACAAGUAUUUUAUGUACACAAUUUGUUAUAGUCUAAUCCCCUUAGUUGAAGCCACCUUUUUAUUAAUCUACAGCAGAAUAGUUUUAAAUCAAAAACACAGUGGAUAAAGUUGCUAGGCAUAUCCCUUAUUCAUCUUCAAAUGACUUUGAUGCACAUACUUUUUUUUUUCUUCACAUAAACAUGCUCCCUCCAUAGGGUGAAGCAUCUUCAAAAUGGCCUCAACAAAUGGCCUCCAUUAACCUGCUUUAUAAUGUGAACCUGCAAAAAGGUACACCUGAGAUAACCAAGAAUUACAUGAUUCUGGAUUUCUCCUUUUUUCUUGCCUAGUCCUUCACACUAUAGUGUAAUGCACAAAAAUUGUGGAACUAAAACAAUGCAUAAUGUGUCUUAACUGGCUGCUUGGUACAGAAUAUAUUUCACCUACUUGUGUUUGUGAUGAGGGAAACAAGUUUAAUUAGUAGAGAGUCCAAGAGCUAUUAAUGCAUGAACCCCAUCUUCUUGCUGCUCUACUUUAUAUUUUUCUGGGUGACCCAGUCUGCCAUGUUCAGAAGCUAAGAGACUGCAUAAAUGUAAUCUACACCCCUGCUCAACACUGCAGAAACUUGUGUACAAAGCCUGUGUACAGAUAUUCUGUAUUUAAAUGACCUUUCAAGAUUUGUUUUAUAUGUUUAUAUAAAGAGUAAAUAUUUCACAAAAUAAAAUUUGAAGUUCUGUCAUGAAUUUUAUUU